AUGCACUUCAUCUUGAACCUCAAGAGUGUACACUACGUCGAGGAACUUUGGAUCAGCACCGACCUCGGCACUGACGACACCUCGCUCAAGAAGGUCGACACCAUCAGAGCAGUACAUUCCCGAGUGCCUCAUCACCCUCACCCACUGCGGCCACAACAUUCUGCACACCGUCCCGAUCUGGAAGCUUCCCUGCACUGA